AUGACUACAUUUGCACUUCUUGCCUUUCUUAGUGUCCGACGCUUGGCUUAUCGUCAAGUUCAUAUUAUUCGUUUGAGUCACGAUCGCCAACUCACUGCUAUGGUACUUUUUCAAGUGAUAUUCCUUGUGAUCCUAACUCUACCUCGAUUAAUCUUCUAUAUUUAUUCACUAAAUACAUAUCCGACAGAUUUUGAUAGUAUUGCCCGCAAUCAACGUAUUACUGCAAUUGUAAAUUUUAUCUAUAUUGGAGGUUUUUCGUGUUCAUUUUAUAUUUAUUGUUGUGUGUCGAAACGUUUUCGUAAACAACUCAUCUAUGUACUCAUUUACAUUCAUCUGAAUCGAUGGCGACAAUGGAUGAAUCAAAUGAACAACAAUCAAGUUACUCCUCAACCGGCUACAACAAAUAAUAAUGAACAGCGUAGAGAAAUACCAACAUUGAUUGUUGAAAAUAUUGAACAGCAUUAA